UUGAGCUUCGAAAAUGACAGCUUCCUGUGUUUAUGACGUGUUCUUGUCUUUCAACGGUGAUGAUACUCGUAAGAAAUUUACAAGCCACCUCUUGGCCGCUUUGGAUCGCCAUAGUUUUUACACAUUCAUAGAUGACACUAAACUCACAAGAGGACAAGAAAUUGGUCGCGGACUGCUCGAAGCAAUCGAGCAAUCUAAGGUCUCCAUUAUUGUAUUUUCAGAGAACUACGCGUCCUCAAGAUGGUGCCUUGACGAGCUUGUCAAGAUCAUGGAUUGCAAGAGCGCACUCAAUCAGAUUGUUAUUCCCAUCUUUUAUGACGUCCGACCCUCCGACGUUCGCUCACAGAAUGGUUGUUAUGCAGAAGCAUUUGCUAGUCACGAAAAACGGUUCAACUUUGAAUCGUUGAAGAAAUGGAGGUCGGCUCUAGCUGAGGCAGCCAAUUUGUCCGGUUACGUCUUGCAAAAUGAGGCCAAUGGGUACCCAAUUAUUUUUCUCUCUUAAAAAAAGAAAUGGUGAAGUGCAAAAAAAACCCCUAUUGUUUGAAAGUGUCCAAAUAAUACUGCUCUUCAAAUUCCACUCUUGUAAUAUGAAAAAUGAGCAAACAAAGGUUUCUAAACUCAAAAAGAGACAUGUGCCAGUUAUGUGAUAAAAAAAGGCUCUUUAAUACUAACACUACCUUUUUGGCUUUCCAAAUUGCCCCUC